CCAAAAACUUCAAGUGUCCCGAAGAAGAUGCGACGAGGUUCUCUCCACCGUGUCCAGUCGGACUCGAAGCUCUGCGGCUCCAAGGAGACAUCGCCACCAGUGAGUCCCCACGACCCGCUCUCGCAGGCGCGCCAGUGGGCGCCGCAGCGUGACCUGCGCCAGUACGAGACGCCCAAGUUGCCCGCCAAGGCCACGUUCCAUCACCACCCGCACCCGCAGCAGCUUGGCUGCGUCGACAAGCUCCCGCCGCCGCUCCAUCAUGGCCACGGCCACAUGGGCCGCAAGAUCUUCCAGGCCAGCAUGGCGAUUGCCAAGGAAACGCAUGGCUGGCACCUUCCGUUCAAGUGCGGUGUGUGCGCCUUGCCCGGCGCGACAUGCAUGGUCGCGGGCUGCGGUCACUACUUCCACGGCUCGUGCAUCAUUCGUUGGAUUGACACGUACGACUGCUGCCCCGUGCCGCACUGCGAGCAAAAGGUCGAAACGCUCUUGCCGGCGCACAAGGGCCUCGCCAAGCCGCGUCUUCGUCGGUCGCAGAGUGUCGUGACGCCCCAGGUUGAGCACGGUCUCUUUGACAAGGCCUUUCACCAGCGCUAUUGGAUCGACACCAAGUCGCUCCUUGGCAGUGGCACGUACGCCAACGUGUACCGCGGCCAUGAAGUUGCCUCUGGCAAGGCGGUCGCGAUCAAAUGCGUCAAGAAGUCGGGCCUCAAGUCCGAGGCCGAGAACCUCGGCGCGCUCGAAGAGAUUGCCAUCAUGCACGGACUCGCCCACGCCAACAUUGUGAACCUGCACGCUGCCUUUUCGACGCCGACGCACUACGUCUUGGCACUCGACUGGGUGCGCGGCGGGACGCUCCAUGACCUCAUGCACGGGCACAUUGGCCCGAUCUGCGGGCCCGCGCACGCGCUCACCGAGGCGACGCUGGCGCCGGUGCUGAAAGACAUCGUGUCGGCGCUGCACUAUCUGCACACGUCGGCCCAUAUUGUGCACGGCGACUUGAAGCCACUCAACGUGCUCGUGGAGUCCACCAAGACGGGGAUGGUCGCCAAGCUCUGCGACUUUGGCAACGCCGUGCGCCUCGAGGAAGGCCUUCGUUUUCCCCGCGCCGCGCGCCACGAGCUCGCCGGCAGCUUUGGCUACAUGGCGCCGGAGCUGCUGUGCCGGAGCCGGCCGGCGCCCGCGUCCGACAUGUGGGCUGUCGGUAUCAUGGCGUACGAAGCGUUGGUGGCGUUCCCUCCAUUCUACCCGUACGGCUCGUGUGUCAAUGAAGAUGCGACGUUUCCCGAGCGCUACUUCCGCCACGUGUCCCCUGUCUGCGUCGACUUUGUUCAGAAGCUCCUCGCACGCAACCCGGACCAGCGCUUGACAGCUAAAGCCGCCCUCGCCCACCCCUUUUUGCAGACGCCGCCGUAAAUGUUGUCGAUCUUGGAUGUACACUAACAGUAUAAGUAUAUUAUGAUUCCA